UCUCCUUCUUCAUCGUACAGCAGUUUGGAAGGUGGACUUUUGAAAGCUACGUUGAUGGCAAUAGUAAUUUCAUUCAACAUCCACAUCCUUCGCCUUCUCAGAGUAUUGCUUUCAUCCAUUGUCGGCAUUUGUAUCAUCUGUUGCAUUGGUCAAACCAACAAAGCCAUGCGUAACGACCUUAUUUCCAGGAUUGCAACAUUAAUUGAUGAGUUUCAUGCUCAUUCUGAUGAUUCUCAAGACCAUACAAAAGGGAUCUACGCUGGGUGGUCGUCAUUCGACUAUGAAUAUGACCAGAUUGCCAUGGAGCAUGAUCAACCACAAGGAAAUGGACAGGUUAUGAAAUCUGAAACGACACAGUCAAUUGCGGACCACAAUCAUAGUCGUCCGGACAACAUGCUGCUCAGCCCAACCUCAAGUGACAGUUCUUCUGCCAAUGACCUCACCCUUCUAAAAAGUCCCUUUAUUAACACAGAAAAGGGAAUAAAUAAUGAAAAGGAGAAAGUUGAGAUAUUAGCGACAAGAACUACCGUCGUCGACUUUCCUACUAGCUCUCUUGCUCCUCUGGCAGCUGCCCAUAUAACAUUGCCAUCACCGGUAGUACUAGCAGCAGCAGCUCGUAACGAACAAAGCAACACCCUUCUUAUGACACCACAGCAGCCAAAUAUAUCUGUUGAGGCAUUUGGUGAGCCCCAACUAACGGCUGUGACCACAAAUGUCUCUGUCGACAGCCCACAGACUGUAAUGGGGCCUAUCAAAGGCUUAACCACAAAGCCGAACAAAAGUCAUCCAUUGCCAAGCAGCAGCUACAAAUCAACACUAUCUUCCUAUGACGAUUUAUUGAAGAGUAUUAAUGCGGAGAAGAUAUUGUAUCAGUCUCCAUUGUUGCACCAGUCACCAACUGGUCCGCUUCAGCAGCAGCGAGGAUGGGUAAAUAACAGCUAUAGCGAUUGGGAGUCCGACAUACCCGUCAAUAGCCAAUCCACCACUAUGCAUUCAAUCGUAUACCGCAGUGGAUUUAAAGACCGAGUUAGUAUCGAUAGAGCUGUACACCCGUUUGAUACCAUCGAAUACUCCCAUUCAACCAGCACUAUACAAACGUAUCAUCAGCCUGUUAUGUCGCAUAACAGUAAUACGCAUAACAGUAAUAACAAUUUAGACACUCUUAUGAUGACAAAUAAGCACAUAUUCUCAAAUAUCAAUAAUGAUAUCCAUGAUGAGAAAGCAGGCAUCCGUGCAUCAGCAGUACCGCACCAGGAGCAAGGUAUUCACUUAAUAGGAUUCUCGUUGAUGGAAAGUUUGAGUCGAAGUGAAGGCUUGGAUUCGCAAGAAACUAUCGAAUAUUGGAGGACUCAUGUGGAGCCUAGUUCACCAACUAUACCUACAGUUAAUUAUGGUGACAUCAGCAGAGAUAAUGAAGGUAGUAAAACUGGUCAGCAGCCACAGCCACAGCAAUACGGGCUUGAGGAUAUAGCUAUGGCGGGUUUGGAUGGUGGAGUUUUUGAUGGCGUUGGCUCUAGACGAGGCACUCUUCCCAUUACCUCGUCGAGUCGUUGUCUUGUCGAGCAACCACAAACACUAAAUUGUACCUUGGACAGCCCAUCCUUGCACUAUUCGACUGCGGACCUUGGAAUGCCCCGCCCAUCAUAUGCUUACGCGUAUGGCCAACUAAGAACACAAAGGCAGGGGAGCAUGAGCAGCAGUGCUGAUGGAUAUAGCUGCUCUAUUGCUUCGUCGCUAUCUCUCGCAGACUCACUCUCGAAUCCGAUGUAUCAUCAGCAGCUUCAAGGGCUUGCGAUGACAACGAAUGCACCCACAGCGCGUCAUUCUUCUCAUGCCUUUGCUCGUCUUCCACGCAAAUACUCCCUUCCAAGUUCCGUACACAAAACUUCACCACGACUCCCACCAUCUCAGUAUAACACCCGGAGGCCUAGCCGCUUGAGCAGCAUGAUGGCGAAUCAGGUUGAUGAUGAGGACUUUGGCCUCAUUGAGUGUGCUACCAAUCUGAGGCCACAACAGCUACCAUUAUUGUUGUCAUCAUCGUCACCGUUUCAUAAGAAAUCUCACUACAGAAGCCAUAGUUUAGGCUAUUGGCCUCCGGCUGGAGCCAAAAUAUUCAAUGAUAUUGUGCAAGAUGAUGACCCAACUAUGAUUGACCACACCCCUGCCCUACCUCCGGGCACCAUUAUUUUCAAUGCGGCAACCAAUGGCAAUGAUUAUGAAAGAGCUAUGGAGCAUAAUCAGCAUCAAUCUCUUCAUCCAUUGGACUCACCCCCCCUUUUACAGCAGCAUCAUCUUCCACGGGCUGGCAGCGAUCAAGGGUAUUUUUACGACUAUGAUGGUAGCAAUCGGUAUUCAGCAGCUUGCCACGGUAAUUACGUAGCAAAUAAUUUCACGAAAGACGUUGAUGUGCAGGCAGCCUGGACAAAAUCGUACAUUGGUUUAGGAUUAACAUUUGGGCCAACAGAUGCAGACGCCCCCAUGCACAUUGACAAUAGGUUUCUUUCUCGACUAAACUCUAUCAAAGACCACACGGACAAUUACUCAAUAGGCUUCAGCAACGACAAUAGCACUAAUGAUGUAAGCAACAUCAUUAAUUAUAGUGACUGUGUCAAUCAUGAGUAUUAUUUGUGGACGAGGAAUGGCCGCGCCAAGUCAAAUUAAUCAAGUCAGACAACGAAUACUAUGGUGGCUAUGACCACGACCAGGGUUACGACCAGGAUCACAACUGCUAUACCUGCCAUGAGUACGACCAAUGUCGGAUAUGAGCAUGGCAGCCAUAAAUAAUCCCUAUUGCUCAAUGAAAAAUGAAGAUCACGACGGCGUAGAUACAACCGAUGAUGAUGAUAUCUAUGAAGAAGUAUUUAUGAACAGCCCAAUCCAGCAAAGUGCCAGCAGUAUGGAGUGUUACUAGGUCAGCCAUAAUAAGAAUAUCCUAAUGAAAAUUAUCUAUAUAACAAAUAACAACAACAACAACAACAACAACA